AUUUAUGCAAACUCAUUCGUCAGAAUCGAUAAAUAUUUUUCUAGUUUCCAAGGUGGAAUAAAUUGAUUCAAACAAAUAGAGAAGAGAGCUUUUCGUUCUUUCAGAAACGAUACAGUUCCAGGUUUUGGUUGGCAAGACUCCGUUUGUUUGGUUCAGCAGAAUGUCUUUGAUGCACGUCUCAAACGUGUUCCUCAUCAUCAUGGUUCAUCAUGCAGCAUGUAAUCCAUGUGCCUCUCCAGAAGUUAUCAGUGGAACCUCUGGACUUUUUUCAAGCCUUAAUUUUCCCACUGAGACACCACCAGGCUCAACUUGUUUCUGGAAUAUCACAGUUCCAGAAGGAUUUGUGGUGAAAAUAACUUUCCACACAUUUUCACUGUCACCAGGUGACACAAAAACUGACUGUAGUAAUGCACAAGGGGCUCGUCUUCGUAUCUCAGAUAUUGCAUCAACUGAACAGGCAAGAUACCCAUUUGAACUCUGUGGGCAGUCUAUUCCUAAUCCUGUGUAUACUUCCACAAACACCAUUCAAGUGAGAUUGAAGACAGUAGCUCAGCAUGGAGUCAUUGGAUUUAAUGCAUCUUAUGAGUCAAUCUCCCCUGAUAAGUUGUGUCCAGCAAUGGCCAAUUUGAGUGAUGCAUCAGGUGUUAUUACCUCUCCAUUUUAUCCCAGAUAUUAUCCAGAUAACCAGAACUGCAUGUGGGAUAUUGUUGCAAGCAAUGGAAAGCAUCUCAAGCUUGAGAUUGAGAAGACCACAAACAUUCAACAAUGUAAUCAAUGCAAUUGUGACUAUUUGGAUGUCCAGUAUGGCUUUGACAGUUCAGGAAAUCCAAGUGAGAAAAUAUGUAAAAAACUCACAGAAACUGUGACGUACUACUCACUUAAGGAUCGUCUAAGGGUGCAGUUUCAUUCAGACAACUUGCAGAAAUUCAUUUUUAUGGGAUUCAGAGCAGUUUACACUCAACUGGAAUCCAACCCAAGAAUUUGUCCUAAAGCAGCAACCCUGUUCACGGCUUCAAAUGGAAAGUUCAGCAGUCCUGGUUACCCCUUAGAUGUCCCUUCUGGUCUAGAUGAAGCUAAUAAAAGAGCCUGUACCUGGAAUAUCACUGUAGCUGCUGGUAAACGUGUCAAGUUGAAUUUUACCCAUCUAAAUUUUGGCACAUGUUCUUCUCAAUGUGAUCAGUGCACACAUCUGGACAUCUAUGAUGGUGAUUCAAAAAGCUCUCCUUCUCUGGGGCGUUUCUGUCCUGAAUCUGCUAAGGAAACGAAGGUGUCACACGGUAACAACGUGUUUGUGGAGUUUGAAUCUGGCUUUGGUAAUGAUCGUGGUACUGGUUUUGAAGUACAAUACUCAGAGACAGAUGAUCCACCUACAGAUGUGGGUGAUGCAUCUACAACUGUCACAACAAAACCAACAGAUGAACAAACAGAUAACCCAUCAGAUAAACCAUCAGAUAAACCAACAUUUAAACAAGCAGAACCCCCAACAAGGGCUGGAGCCUCAAAGACUGGUGGCCUGUUGAUUCUCACCAUACUUGCCCUAGCUGCAUCCCUCUAUUAG